UGGUGUGUUUCGCAUUUUGUUUAUUUUUUUCAACAUAAAAAAAUGAAAAUACGCAAAGUUCAUCGCCGUAAACGUUAUCGUUAUAAUGUCAACAGGAAGGCCUUAAAUCGAAAGCAUAAAUCUACAGGAAAAAUUAAAGAUCCCUUUUUAAAAACGUUGUGGGAGGAUCGUAAGAAGCCCCGGACAAAUUUUAGAGAAAUGGGUUUAUCUGUAAAUCCCAAUAAAACGAUACCUAUUCCCAACUACAGAGCAGAACGGCUCAAAUUAACAAAAUUUAUUAAUGGUUUUGUGGAGGAGGAAAUGACUGAGGAAGAGUUACAACCGUUGAAACCGAAACGGGGAGAAGUAGUAGGGCAACUGGAAGAGUUGGCAAAAGAGAAAGCUGAUUCUAAAUUAAGAUUACCAAAAGGAGUAGUUCAGCAUUUAAUUUAUUUUCUGGAUAAAUAUCAAUUGAAUUAUAAAGCCAUGGUUGUGGAUCGUCGUAAUCAUUAUCAAUGGACCUGGAAGCAAUUUCGCAGUAAAAUAAAACAAUUUAUGAGUAUACCUGAACAGUUUAAUAAAUAUUUGUUAAAGAAAAAUUUACCAAUUAAUGAAAAGCUACCUUGGCCUGAAUACGAGUCGGAUAGCGAAUGGAAAUAAUUGCUAAGAUUUACAAUACUUAAUGUUUAUUAAUAAUAAAAUUUAUCAUUUUAAAUAGUGUCUAUCAUCUUUUUUUGUCGAUAUACUAAGGAAAAUAGUGUUAAGCAUGCUUGCUAAUAUGAAAGCGAUUAGCUUUGGAAAAGACCCUUCAAAGAAACUAGCGGAUGUCAGUGGUAAUAUGACACUGCUCGCAACUACCUCUUCUCAAGUCACGAUUACUUCUUAGAUCUAUUAAAAGCAAAUAGACU